AUGAGCACCAAAGUAUCAAUUGAAUGCCUGUCCCAGCAAGCUGCGAGGAUCCAUCAGCUGCAGGACGUGAGAAAGCAGCUGCUAAGAGAAAUAUGUGAAGACAAAGAGGCAUUUUCUAAAGGGAAACACCGUUUAGAAAACAUGAGUAACAAAGAGCUGGACAAUCUCAUUGUGGAUGACAAACAUGGCAUUAUCUACUGUUACAUCCCCAAGGUGGCGUGUACCAACUGGAAGAGAGUCAUGAUUGUCCUGAACCAUAGUGAGCCAUAUCAGGAUCCCAUGUCCAUACCUGGUGAAUUCGCCCACAAUUCCAGCAAGCUCACUCUCCUAAACAGCUUCCCAAGAACAGAAAUGGAGGCAAAGCUGAAGCACUACACCAAGUUCCUCUUUGUCCGGGACCCGUUUGUCCGUCUCAUCUCCGCUUACCGAGACAAGUUCCAGAAGGAAAAUGAGUACUUCUACUCGUUUGCCCGGGAUAUUCUGCGCAUGUAUGGCAACCAGUCUGAUCCACCACAGACAGCGCAUGAGGCGUUUGCCUCUGACAUUCGCCCUUCAUUUUACAACUUUAUUCAGUACCUGCUGGACCCGUGGACAGAGAAGGAGCAGCCCUUUGAACCCCACUGGAGGCAUAUGCACCGCCUGUGCCAUCCCUGCAUCAUACAAUAUGAUUUUGUUGGCCAUCAGGAGACUCUUCAGCAGGAUGCUGAGCAGCUGCUGAAGAUCUUAAACUUGGAGGAUGAAAUUAAGUUCCCUCCUUCCUAUGAAAACAUGACUUCCCUUUCUUCUGUGUUGGACUGGUUCAGAACAGUGCCCCUGGAGGACAGGAGGAAGCUGUAUGAUCUCUAUGAGAGGGACUUCACACUUUUUGGGUACAGAAAGCCAAGCGAACUGUUUGAUGGUUGAAAUGAAGUCAUGGUUUGGACAACUUCACUCUUCCCUCUCCAGCCACUGGGUGAAGAAACCAUAAUUUUUAAACUCUGAACAAGAAACUAAGAUUUUCUGCAGACACAUAAUGACAAAGAAAUGACUGUCACUACUUGUGACUUAGGCACUGGUUGCACAACAGUUCUGUUCUUGCAUUUGUCUGAUCUCUAGCUUUUCUACACUGCACCACUGAAAUCUAGAUUGUUCUUCUCAUAAAUGUGCAGUGAUUUAUAUUAUUUUCAACUCAAUCACUCACUGUUAGGGUGAUUAACUUCACUUGUUAGUGAACAUAGUUGUCAAAAAGCAUCUACUUAACUAAACAAGAAACAGCACAUUUUAAUUUCAUGCUGGAGAUUUUCAGCAAUGGCAUGUUUCCAGACACAGUGCAUGUUUGUAAAUGUCUUUUUUCCAGCUCUUCCUGUUUUCAAACUGACUUUUUAAACAAAAAUCUGUGAUAUCAAUGUAAAAAAUAAAAAUUAAUGUAAAAGGUGUCACGCGUAGUGAGGAAAACAGAAUUAUCACCCAACUCUUCCCCUUUUGCUACAUCCUAUCCUUGUUGUUUUGGUUUUACAUCCAGUGAUACUGGAUUUUGUUUCACUCUUUCCGCUCAUAUAGUGUAAUUUUUAGUAGCACAAUGUAACUCUUUUUAGUGAAAAGGAAUUGAUAGACACUCUAAUACUACCUGCCCCAAAGCAAAGACCAAAGUGGCAGAGUUGGUAACUAACUAGUCGCUAAGUGUAGAUCAAAUCAGAAUAAGAGCGUUUUGCCUGCAUGAUUUUGCUUAUGUUUGGAUUUUGUUCAAUUGGUAAUUAGUGCUUGCUUUUUGUGCAUUUUCUAUGAUUAAGUAGGCUAUGUAGUUUUUUGUUGUUUUAUGAUUGUGAGUCUGCACAGGGUAUUUUAUUUUUAAAAUUGACUGGA